UGAAACUGACCAGGUUCCCCCGCCAUUUGUUUCCCGCCAUUUUCCGCCUCUUCUGUGUUGGCCUCCUGAAAAGACGAAAUUCUCGCUCGCCUAAACUACAAUUUUCCUUCCCGACGAAACUAAAACUCUGUUGUCUUCUUUUCUCUAACAGUCGGCAACAUUUCUCCUCAUUGUCUUCUUUUCUACAUUUCUAACAUCUCUUCAUUUGGGGUGGGUGGAUUCAAGUGAAUUGGAUUCACAACUUUGGGGUUUCUAAAGAUCCAAGCUUCCAAUCAGACUUCAAUUAGCUGAAGAUGUAAGUCACAGAUUUGCAUAAGGUUUUGGAACGGAAUGGCAGGAACAUCGUUCGUGCGUCUUUGCUAGUAGAGAAUUAAAAGAACCCUAAUACUCAAAAACCUAAGCUAAAACCCUCAAACGCCAGGGAAAUUAUCGCAUCAUGGAAACAUCGAAAGCAGCAGAGGAGGCUUUAAUUCUACUCAGAAGUAGGAUUUGUAACCCUAAUUUCGUUUUCUCUGCUUUAUCUGAUAAACCAGACAGUAACUACAGUAAAUUAAAGUUCCUACUCUCCAGCUCAGUUACUGAAUCCUGCAAUAACUCCGUCUUGCUUCUUGGUCCUCGUGGGUGUGGAAAAAUCCCUGUGUUAGAGCUUGUUUUACAAGAUUUGCAGUCUGAGCAUCCUGAAACAAUUUCAGUGGUCAGACUGAGUGGGAUAUUGCACAGUGAUGAUAAUUAUGCACUCAAGGAGAUUGCUAGACAACUUUGUUUGGAACAUGACUUGGAGUUUUCGAAAAUGGCCUCGUCUGAUGAUAACUCUCAGUUCAUGAUAGCCAUGCUGCAAAAGUGUGGACGAGAUCAUAGAACACUCAUCUUUGUACUUGAUGAGUUUGAUCUCUUUACUCAGGGAAAGCAAAGGCUACUCUAUUGCUUGCUAGAUGCAAUGCAGUCUGUAGUGUCACAAGCUGUAGUUGUCGGUUCCAGUUGCCGCUUGGAUGCAGAUCAACUCCUAGAAAAGAGAGUAAGAUCGCGUUUUUCCCACAGGAAACUAUUGUUUCUUCCUCCCUCUAAAGAAGAUCUACAGAUAUUGUUGGAGCACAUUCUGUCUUUGCCAGCAGAUUCAAGUUUUCCUCAUGAUUAUGUAGUUGAGUUUAAUGAGAAAAUUCAUUGCAUAUUAGGAGACCAGAGGUUUAAAGCAAUUCUUACGAAACUAUCUGAUGCUGAUUCCAGUGUAAACAACUUGUUGAGCUUUCUAUUUCGAUCUAUUUGCAAUAUGGAUUUAAAAGAAUCAAGGUUUCUUUCAAUAAAAAACUUUGAAACUGCGAGUAAGAGCAUCCAUCAGCAACCCAAGCUUGAAAGCCUACAAGAUUGUUCUAUUUUAGAGCACUAUAUGCUGGUAUGCAUGAAGAGACUGGAAACUAAAGAGCAGAACUCCUACAACUUCAAUUCUGUUAUGAAAGAGUACAAAGACAUUCAUGAUGCUUUCCCGAUUUAUGUUACUUAUUAUGAAAGAGAUAGAUGCUUAAUGGCCUUUGAACACCUUGAACAGCGUGGGUUAAUCUCCUUUGAAGAUGUCAAGGGGCAGAAUCCGUCUGUUCAAUUUCGCUCAGUUAAGCUACUAGUCUCAUCCCAUCAGCUUCAGGAGAGCUUGAAAGCAAACAGUUCCAGUAUUCCCGGGAAGAUUCGGACACUACUAAUGUCGUAAGAGGAAAAACUAGAAAGGGGGGUUGUCAACGAUGCUGGAUGCAUUCGCAUUAAUAAUGCUGGAUGUUAUAACCCUGCUAGAGAAGCAUUUGCCAUUUUUUGUUGCUGGAAUAGAUAGCUUCAAGCAUGUGGCGACUGUACCUGGGAGGCUGUGAUCAGAGUUCUAAGCUCAUCAAAUUGCCAUUAAACCGUUCCACAAUAUACUAACUUUAAUUAUUCAGGUAGAUCAUUGUAUCUUUUAAUUGAUCAGGAUGCUGAUUUAAGCGUGUCCCCGUAUCAACAAAAAA